CAUCUCAAAAUGAUGCGUCUCUCCUUCGUUCUCGCCGUUGUUGCUGCUUUCAAGCUGUCAGUGUCAGUGCCUCCUCCCAGUAUUGACAUUCCAUGUCCCAUCCUCUGCAACACCACUGCUGAUUGUGGCUUGGUAGGGCGAUAUCUAUUAUAUCUGUGGGACAUUGGGCCCGCCGGUAUUACCGUGACAGUGGGUCGUGUUUCUGCUUUCGCAUUGGUGUACACGGUGUGGUUGACACCACGACGCGUCAAGCAGUUCUUGAGUACUUCGCUGCUGAGCGCCCAGUCGUCACGGUGAACAAAGUUCAACAAACAAGUUCACCGACGCGUUGUUUUUCGUUCCGUGCUUGCAAUAUAUAUAUGAUUGAUAAAGGCCUCACAUAGAAUAGACAGUCGGACUGCGGAACCAACCCGAGUGAAAACCCACUACGGCGUGGCACGACGUGAUAUGUUUUUUUUC